AUGAGAUUGGCCGUGUAUGCUGGGGCCUCAGCUGCCCUGGCAACUGGCGUCUUCUUAAAAGCGCUGCAUCAGAGAGCAAACUUCUAUGCUGCAUGCGUAUACCUCUCGCAGAGCAGUGCAAAUCUCAUGAUAUUGAUGAACAUUAGCCUGCUAGCGGUCGGCUUCUUUUUAUUCUGGCUUCAACGUCUCCUUUACGGACCUCUUCGACCUAUAGAAACGGAACAGCUCUACGAGAAAGCAUGGUUCGCCGUGACAGAGACAUGCUUGGCGAUGACGAUUUUCAGAGGAGAGUUGGGCGGUUGGUUCUUGGUCAUGUUCGUCUCCUUGCUGGUUGGAAAGGUCUGGGGUUGGAUCGGCGAGGGUCGGGUCGAGUUUCUUGAGCAACAACCCCCAGCAAAUCCGCGAUUGUUCCACAUCCGACUCGCAGCCUCGCUGCUCCUUUCAGUUCUCUUCAACUCGCUUAUGCUGAGAUAUUGCGUCCGCACCGUCCUUGAACAGGCACGUCCCGAUAUGAUGGUCAUGUUCGGCUUCGAAUUCGCCGUUCUCACCAUCCUCUCCAGCUCAACUGCUGCCCGCUACGUCAUUUCAUUGGUCGAGAUCUACAUCACCCAUCUCCAAAUGAAGGCUAAAAUUGAGGAGCGCCGUCGCGAAAUUAGAGAUGCCAGGGAGGAGUCGCUGCGCCAGUACGCCGAAUCGGGAGAGACUGGGCCCACUCCCAACCUGCCGGAUGAGAACGAUAUCGACGAGAUGGAAUUGGAUGUGCCUGGCUGGGAAGAAAAGGGCCGCUGGAUCUUCUACCUUGACCUGCUUACCGAUUUCCUCAAGCUCACAGUAUAUCUCACCUUUUUCGCGAUCCUGUUCACAUUCUACGGUCUCCCAUUACAUAUCCUGCGCGACGUUGUCGUCACUAUUCGGUCUUUCGGACGGCGCAUCAUGGACUUCGUGCGUUACCGCAACGCUACUCGCGACAUGAACGAACGCUAUCCCGAUGCCACCGCCGAGGAAGUCGCACGCGAGGAGGUUUGUAUCAUUUGUCGCGAAGAAAUGACCCAUUGGCACCAGCCGGCGGGCGCACAACAGCGAAACCGGGUCUCUGAGAGGUUGCGCCCCAAGAAACUGCCUUGUGGUCACAUUCUACACUUUGCCUGUCUUCGAAGCUGGCUUGAGAGACAACAGAACUGCCCCACCUGUCGACGCCCAGUUAUUGCGCCACCCCGGGCCGGGGGGGCGGGCGAUGGUGGUAACCAGAACAAUGCUGGUGCUCAGAACAUGGCCGCUGGCAACCAAGCCAGAGAUGGGCAACCAGAUGGACUACCAAGAGCGCGUGUUUACCAAUUCGGGCCUUUCAGAAUCGGUUUCGGUGCGGGCAGGGGUGACCUCUUCCACAACCUUCACCAGCAGAUCCAUCAAGGCAAUGCGCCUGUGCCACAAGCUAACAACGUCAAUGCUCCGAAUGCCCGACAAAUUGGCUUCGGCUUCGGAUUCGGACGGCCUCUCCCGAUCCCAGCGCCGCAGGCUGCCCCCAACCCUGCUUCAAACGUGGCCAACAUGCAGACUCAGUUGCAGCAGAUGGAGCAACAGAUUGUCCAGGAGAUUGAAACGCUGCGUGUCACGGCCGACCAGCUUCAUCUGGUGCGGUUACUGCAGACGGAACUCCAGCGACUUCGCAAUCUCCAGGCCAAUCCUACUGUCCCCCAAAGUAUCGCAUUCCAGAACCCCCCGGCUGUCUCGUCCUCGACUUCUUCGGUUACCAUGCGCCGUCAGUUCAUCUCGGACCCACAGACACCCGCCAUGAAUGCUGGAGAUAGCCGACUUCCCGAGGGACUGAGUCUCCCCGCGGGAUGGUCUCUCAUCCCCCUUCACUCCCCGGAGCAGGGCCCCAGUCAGCCAGCAGAACAACGCGCCAGCCCUACUGUUCCUGAAACCGGAACAGCCCAAACGUCUGACCCUACAUCAGACUCCCAGGUCCCUCCCCCGACAGCAACUGUUCCGGCUGCCAGUCAAGAAAGUGAGCCUGCGGCGGCCACCGAACCCUCCACGUCCCAGGAUUUGCCCAAUUGGCAGUCGGGAGCAACGUCAACAGCCACGGGAUCGGGCGUGGAAUCACUCUCCCAACAGUGGACUGAUUUAGCGCCCGAGACCCAGAUGGACGGCGAGAGCACUACCGCCGACGACAUUGACGGCGCGAAUCACGCCGAGGAAUCAGACUCGGCCUCAAAGGGGAAAGCACGGGUAGCAACGGUGGAAGAUGUAAUUGACGAUGAAACGUGA